AUGGCCACGUCCUCGAGUCAGAAUGUCUCACCCGGGGGAGACCAUAUAGCAAUACCUUUCCAGAUGCGAAUGCCUUCCAUGGAAUUCAUCUAUCGCCUGAGCUGCGACAUGGCUUCUGAAAAUCAUGCGGUCGGUGCUCCCUUCAGUGGAUCGCACAAUCGAGUCAUCAUGCCCAUCGUCGGCGGCCGAGUCGAAGGACCACGAGUUUCUGCAGACAUUCAACAUAUGAGCGGCGCAGAUUGGGGAACAGCAAUCAAAGGCACAAACUUCAUGAUCCUGAAUGCUCGAUACACUCUCAAAACGAUCGACGGGCAUUUCAUCUACGUCCGCUCAAAAGGCAUCUUCUCUCCCAAUCGAGACGACUUCUUCGCCAACCGGCCACCGGAGAAUGUAACUCAGGAUGACGCCGACUGGUUCACGCGGCUUCAAUUCGAAGCCUCCGGACCAUACAACUGGCUCAACGGUGUUCUUGCGAUUGGAGUGUUGGCGAUGUGCGAGAAGAGGAUCGUGAUUGAUGCAUAUCGUAUUACGAACACGCCAGGGGUAGAAGCGAAGAGUCUGCAAGUGGAGUAA